AUGAGUUGCGAUUAUUAUUGCCACGUAUGUAACUCGUUUAUACACCCUUCACAUAUUCGUCAUAGCCAGAAUGAUGAGGUGCUCUGCAUAAUUUGUAACCGCCCCGGUUUCGUGGAAAAGAUCGAAAGGGAUGAAACUUUUGUUCAAUCAUUCAGACAACAAGCUAGUUAUAGGCAAUCCCGGCAUGACAACUCUAGGGGUUCUUUUAUGGAUCCCUUUGCUGAGGUGUUAGGCGUACCCUUUCAGCAACUAAUCAACGAUUUAUACCACUCUUCAUUUCCCUUACACUCAUCAACUACAGCUACCACCGACAAUGUGAGAAGCGGUGUAAAUGAAAGUGAUAAUGGAAUGCAAUAUUUCCAUGUGGAUUGGAGCGUUGGAAACCCUAAUAGGCAACAAUUCCGGUUCACAGACUUAGCGUCUCUUCUAGGCCAAUUCAUGAUAAACCCAGAUGACAAUUCGACUAUGAACCAAAUCAUCCAAUUUAUUAUGGAAAAUGAUUCCAACAGACAUGGAUCCCCCCCGGCAGCGGCUAAGGUUGUUAAUAAUUUGAAAAGGCAUAAGUUGUCGAAGGAGGAAUCGGAAAAGUUAGAUUCAUGCGCCAUAUGCCAUGAAGAUUACCAGGAAGGCGAUGAAGUACACUAUUUGUGCACUAAUCACGAAAUUUGUAACCACUGCUUCCACGUUGAUUGCAUUAUUCCAUGGCUCAAAGAACACAAUUCAUGCCCGGUGUGCCGAUAUGAAUUGCCUACAGAUGAUCCUGAAUAUGACUCUAGGAGGGCUGAUUUGAGGGAAAGAAUUGCGCACCAAGUCACUCAGGCGGCCCAAGCCGCCAGAACUGAUGGUUCGGAUAACUCAAGAUCAUCAACAUCUAAUACAAACAACCAAGGCAACACGUUUACUGCCACAACUGCGGGUACUGGUACCUCUAGUAUUGGCACUAGCGCCAGAAAUACGGCAGCCGCUUCCGGUGGCAGUAGAAGAAUAGAUAGUACCUUUACCUUCCACUUCCCCGCUAGAUCACAGAGGUCAGGCCAAAAUGCAGCAACCAAUCAGUCCUUUUCCCGCCAAUAUAUUGCAUCUAGACGAAUGGUGCCUCUCUCUUUUGAUCCAUUGGACAUAUUUAACAUUUCUAGGCAGAGACCAAAUGUUAGUUAUCAUAGAUCUGGCCCAGGUUCGGAUUAUGCAGGGUGUAGGAUACAAUAA